GGGUGCGGUGAAGCGAAGUGAAUACAUUCGAGUUUGGCAACAUGGCCAUGCCAUUAUCACGGUUUGCGACCACCCUCAACCCGGAGACAAUCCCCACAAGCCUCGGCUUUGUCGACGUGUUUCGCUGCUCGCAUAUGUCAAGAUUCGUCCUAGCAGAAAGACUGCGAGUGUCCGGCCACAGGUCAAAGACGGGUAGAAGCCAGAAACUGAGGUGGUGCUCGAUAAGCAGCACGAGCUCGGCGGCGGACGAAGAAGCCACGGCGGCGGAAUCCUUGGUGCAGAGGGUGAACAGCAUGGUGCUGAAGCAGGCGGCUCUGGUGAGCGAGCGACUGAGGUCGGAGGCCAAUCUGAAGGUCAAACCUGAUAUCUUUCUUCCAGGGACUCUGAGCAGGUUGGACGAUGCAUAUGACAGAUGCCGUGAAGUCUGCGCUGAAAAUGCCACGAAUUUUUACUUGGGGACAUUGCUCUUGACUCCGGAAAGGCGAAGAGCAAUGUGGGCGAUUGGUGUUUGGUGCAGGAGGACGGAUGAUCUCGUCGACGGGCCUAACGCUUCUCUCCUGACGCCUCAUGCUUUGGAUAGGUGGGAAUCGAAGUUGGAAGAACUUUUUGAGGGGCGUCCAUUUGAUGCGUUUGAUGCUGCUUUAUCAGACACCGUUGCCAAAUACCCGGUUGACAUUCAGCCAUUUAAAGACUUGAUCGAAGGGAUGAGGAUGGACCUCAGGAAGUCGCGAUACAAGAACUUCGAUGAGCUAUAUCUCUAUUGCUAUCAUGUGGCGGGUACCGUGGGUCUCAUGAGCGUUCCGGUCUGUGGAAUCGCACCCGACUCCCGGGCAACGAUGGAGAGUGUCUAUAGCGCUGCAUCGGCCUUGGGAACAGCUCUACAGCUAACCAACAUUCUCAGGGAUGUCGGCGAAGACGCAAGAAGAGGAAGGAUUUAUCUGCCACAGGACGAGUUAGCCCAGGCGGGUCUCUCUGAUGAUGACAUAUUCGCUGGGAAGGUCACGGAUAAGUGGAGGUACUUCAUGAAGAAUCAGAUUAAGAGGGCGAGGAUGUUCUACGAUGAGGCUGAGAAAGGAGUGAACGCGCUGAACACAGCCAGUCGAUGGCCGGUGUGGGCAUCCUUGCUGCUGUACCGGCAGAUCCUGGACGAGAUAGAAGCCAACGACUACAACAACUUCACAAGGAAGGCCCGCGUGAGCAAGGUCAAGAAACUAGCUACUCUGCCCAUUGCUUUUGCUAAAUCUCUCAUCGCACCGGCCCGAACAUCAUCUCCUCUAAUCAAGGAGUAAAUUGGUACACUAAAUUGGUGUAUUGAAUGAUGUCGAAGAAUGAGAUUUUUCUUUUUUUUAGUUGGAAUGUCGAAGAAUGUGAUUGGUUUGCUAUAUUUUAUUGUAUACCUCAGACAUUUCCACUAUUUAGGUUGAUGGACCUAUUUAACU